UCAGUGAUUCAUGGAGUCGCAAAGCAGGUUCCGACCGCUCUACAAUAAUUAUCAGUUCUCUAUAAUUAUGCUGUAAUUCACACAUAUUGGGCGACAUUAUUCGAUUUUAUAACGCGAGUAUCAUUAAAUUGUCUGCCAAAAUCGUCGUGAGGAACGUAUAUCCGGUUCGACACUGUGCGAGACACGAAAGUGUUAAAGUGUGGUCAGCAGCAAAAUGGCAGCGUGCGACUCUAUCGCGGACGACAGUCUUUACCCGAUCGCUGUUUUGAUCGACGAAUUGAAAAACGAGGAUGUCCAGCUACGAUUGAACUCUAUCAAAAAGUUAUCUACCAUUGCUCUUGCAUUGGGCGUAGAGCGUACUCGCAGCGAACUAAUUCCAUUUCUGACAGAAACCAUAUACGAUGAAGAUGAGGUACUCCUUGCACUUGCCGAGCAACUCGGCACUUUCACUCCUCUUGUUGGUGGACCUGAAUUUGUACACUGUCUUUUGCCUCCACUGGAGUCUCUUGCAACAGUGGAAGAGACAGUAGUACGUGAUAAAGCUGUUGAAUCCCUACGUAACAUCGCAAGUCAGCACAGUCCUACUGAUCUACAAGAACACUUUGUUCCUUUGGUACAACGUUUAGCCUCUGGAGAUUGGUUUACGUCGAGAACAUCAGCUUGUGGAUUAUUCAGUGUUUGCUAUACUCGUGUAAGCCCUACAUUAAAAGCUGAGCUGCGAAAUCAUUUCCGUAAUCUAUGUCAGGACGAUACGCCCAUGGUUAGACGUUCAGCUGCAUCAAAGCUAGGAGAAUUCGCGAAAGUUGUAGAGGUCGGCUAUUUGAAAUCAGACCUGAUCCCAAUGUUUGUCAUCCUUGCCCAAGAUGAACAGGCAAGUUCGGACUCAGUUCGUCUGUUAGCUGUUGAAGCUUGCGUCAGUAUUGCUACCCUCUUGCAACAAGAGGAUGUCGAACAAUUGGUCAUGCCAACUCUUCGAAAUUGCGCAUCCGAUCAGUCGUGGAGAGUACGAUAUAUGGUUGCUGACAAAUUCACUGAUCUGCAAAAAGCAGUUGGCCCAGAAAUAACAAAGACAGACCUGGUACCAGCGUUUCAAGUAUUGCUUAAGGAUGCCGAAGCUGAGGUUCGCGCGGCAGCUGCAGACAAAGUUCGUGACUUCUGUCAAAAUCUGGAUCAAUUUAAUCAAGAGUCUAUCAUCAUGUCAAACGUUUUACCCUACAUAAAAGAACUUGUAUCAGAUCCAAAUCAACACGUCAAAUCAGCACUAGCGAGUGUUAUUAUGGGUCUCAGUCCGAUUCUGGGAAAGCAUCUUACUAUCGAACAUCUGUUACCCUUAUUUCUGUGUCAACUAAAAGAUGAGUGCCCUGAAGUGCGUCUUAAUAUAAUCAGUAACCUUGACUGUGUCAAUGAAGUGAUUGGCAUUCAACAACUAUCGCAAUCCCUCCUGCCUGCUAUUGUGGAAUUAGCAGAGGACUCCAAAUGGCGAGUGCGGCUGGCCAUUAUUGAAUAUAUGCCGUUACUAGCAGGACAACUGGGUGUGGAGUUUUUCGAUGAAAAAUUAAACUCUCUCUGUAUGACCUGGCUAGUUGACCACGUUUACGCGAUCCGAGAGGCUGCUACUUUAAACUUGAAAAAACUUGUAGAAAAGUUUGGCCCAGAAUGGGCACAACAUACAGUGAUUCCCAAAGUAUUGGCCAUGUCCAGGGAUCAAAAUUACCUUCAUAGGAUGACAUGUCUUUUCUGCAUCAAUGUAUUGGCUGAGGUAUGCGGACCGGAAAUAACGACAAAGUUUAUGCUCCCAACUGUUUUGGCAAUGGCUAAUGAUAAUGUUGCCAACGUCAGAUUUAAUGUUGCUAAAACCUUGCAGCGUAUUGGACCCUACUUAGAGCCUAGUGCAGUUCAGACUCAAGUAAAGCCUGUCCUUGAAAAACUAAAUACCGAUGAUGACGUAGAUGUGAAAUACUUUGCUUCAGAGGCAAUUUCCGGCAUUGCAGGUUGAGGUUGAGCAGGUCAUCAACAGCAUUUACCAUAUACCCAACAAUAUUCAACAAAUUUUUUAAAAAAUGAGAAUACAACCCGUUACAUUAUUUCCACCUAAUACACGCGGCAAAUCAAUAAUGUUAAUAGACGAACAAACAAACGCCGACGACAGGAGUUAACAAACAAAAAUUAGCAGUUAACGUUAUACGAUAAUUUAAGUUCUGUUGUAUUUGUAUGUCUCUAUAAUAUUAUACUAAUUAUCAACCACUCGAUUCAAUUGGUAUCAUGUAUCCCUCGUACAUACUUAAGUAAUUGUCUUAACGAGUAAUGAUUAAUAAAGAGAAUGACUCGAAAUCA